AGAGAGAGAGAGAGAGUCAUGGGGAGACCUCCUUGCUGUGAAAAAGUUGGCAUCAAGAAAGGUCCAUGGACUCCUGAAGAGGACAUCAUCUUAGUCUCUUAUAUUCAAGAACAUGGUCCUGGAAAUUGGAGAUCAGUGCCCACCAGCACUGGUUUGUUAAGGUGUAGCAAGAGUUGCAGGCUUAGAUGGACAAAUUACUUAAGACCAGGAAUCAAGAGAGGGAAUUUCACUCCUCAUGAAGAAGGAAUGAUAAUUCACUUGCAAGCUCUAUUGGGUAACAAAUGGGCAGCAAUAGCUUCUUAUCUUCCACAAAGAACAGACAAUGACAUAAAGAACUAUUGGAACACCCACUUGAAGAAGAAGCUAAAGAAGCUUCAAUCAGCAUUGGAGCCAACAACAACACCACAAUUCUUAGCAUCAAAGAGUAGUUUUCUUGAAAGAGAAAGCUUUGAUUAUCAUCAUCUCACUAGCAACCAUGGAUCAUCAUCAUCACUCUCUCCUCCUCCUCCAAGGCCUAACCAAUUCUCCACAUAUGCUUCAAGCACUGAAAACAUCUCAAGACUCCUUGAAGGUUGGAUGAGAUCAUCACCAAAUAAGUCUAUAGAGCAUCAAAACAAUGCCACCUUAUCAUCACAAGCCAUGACUAGUACUUCUACUGCCACCCAUCUUCAUUGCUAUAAACCCAAAGCUGAGCAAGAAUGUGGAGAUGAUCAUCAUAUGAUAUCGAGCGACGAUUUUGAAUCGAUGUUAUCGUUUGGGAACUUGACUGCUAAUAAUAAUUCAGGAUGGGAGAAGUCUAGCUGUGAUUGUGAGACAAAAGGGUGUCUAGAUGAUGAUUUUGUGAAGGAUCAUAAGAUUGUGAUGGAUAUGCAGCAAAGUGAAAGCCAAAGCAUUAACACUCCUCUUCCUCCUCCUCCUCCUCCUCCUCCAUUAUCAUUUCUUGAGAAGUGGCUUUUGGAUGAAAGUGGUGCUCAAGUUGAAGAUAUGAUGGAGCUAUCACCAAUGUUUUGAGAAUUAAUGUUACUGUUAAGUUUGAGUUAUAAAUGGAUGCAUAAAAGACCUAAGAGAAAGAAAAAAAGAAGAAGAAGAAGAAGUGCUGAUUGUAUCACUCUAGGGUUUUAAUCUUUUUAUUAAUUUGUGAGGUUCUAAGAAGUUGGGAUCUCUUCUUCAAAUAC